AAAUAAUACGCAAUGAAGAAACGUGUUUGAAAUUGAUUUUCUGAAGAAAGAGUAAUAGAUAAUAGAUCUGACAACUGAAUGUGUAUAGGCUGUUGUCUAUACUAUUCAUUCUGAAAACAUUAAUUUGACGUUUAUCCCUUUUGACACAUUUUCGUAUUUCCAAGAAAACUACUCAUACUCAAUUUUCUUAAAAACAUGAUACAUUUUGUACUUUGUAAUCUUUGUUUUGAACGACGAUGCCGGCUGGUAGUAGUAGUCUAAAAGGCGUAGACUGAACUAAGUGGGUGUGCGAUAUAAUUCUCUAUCCAGUUUAGUUUAUCGUUAUCUUUGUGGACAUAGCUAUUGAUGUAAUAUAAAUUGUUCUCAGAUAAUUUAAUUCGCCAAUAUUGAAACAACACUACCUAGCUGGUGAAAACAUGUGUAAAGUAUCCGAUUUUAAAAUCAACAAAACAAUUCAGUGCCUAAAAAAUAGUUGAGAAUUAACAAACCCAUUCCAAAAUGGGAAAUAAAAACAGUUGCUGUUCGUACUCUAGUCCUCAGAGUAAUCAUAGAGAAAGAGUGAUUAUUCCUAUAGAAGAGACUUUGCAUGAUGGUGAAAUUAGUACAAGUAAUUUACAGCAUAUCAGUGAAAGAGAAACUGAUGAUGGAGAGCUCGAUCCAUCACAAGAUCCAAUGGCAAAGACUAUAUUCAUUGAAAGAUCUAAAACUGCUAUAGAAAAUGGUAUGAUAAGAAGAAAAAGUCAACACCAAAUUGCAGAUUUGCGUCCCCUAAAAAAAAGCAGUUCAUGUUCAACAAUAUACUUAGAUGAUAGUACUGUCUCUCAACCAAAUUUGAAAAACACCGUGAAGUGUGUGGCAUUAGCCAUAUAUUAUCACAUUAAGAACAGGGAUUCUCAAAGGGAAAUUGAAAUUUUUGAUGAGAAGUUACAUCCGUUAACAAGGGAUGGUGUUAGUGAUGAUUAUGAUAAAUAUAAUCCUGAACACAAACAGAUUUAUAAGUUUGUGAGAACUUUAUUUAACGCUGCUCAGUUGACUGCUGAAUGUGCCAUUAUUACUUUAGUGUAUCUAGAGAGACUGUUAACUUAUGCUGAAUUAGAUAUCCAACCUUCAAAUUGGAAACGAAUAGUUUUAGGUGCAAUCUUAUUAGCUUCCAAAGUUUGGGACGAUCAAGCGGUAUGGAACGUCGACUACUGCCAAAUAUUAAAAGAUAUUACUGUGGAAGACAUGAACGAGCUAGAAAGACAAUUUCUAGAAUUACUCCAGUUCAAUAUAAAUGUACCGUCAAGUGUCUAUGCCAAAUAUUAUUUCGAUUUACGUACAUUAGCAGAGGCAAACGAUCUGACAUUUCCUAGCGAACCUUUGAGUAUAGAAAGGGCGCAAAAGUUGGAAGCCAUGUCUAGGGUGAUGGCCGAUAAAUACACCCAAGAAGCUAUAAAGAACGGUUUGAAAAAAUGGUCAAGUUUGGACAAUCUCACAAACGGUACAGCGGCAAGGAGAUCGAUUGCUAUUUUAUCGUGAUUUAUAUUUUAUUGAUUCUUGAGAAGCAUUUGGGGCAUUUUACAAGUUUUUUAACGAACUCAUUUAGGGACCCAAGGUAUUUUUCAAAUAUUUAAUAGCAAAAUUUACACUUUAUAAUAUUGUUUCAAAAUGAGACCGUAAAAACAUAAUAUGAAAUUCAAUAUUUUGAAAAAUUUAAUUUUUGAUAAAUGUAAAGUCUUGGUAAUUUAUUGUCAUUAUAUAAAAGUUUUAUUUAUUAUCGAAUGAGAAAACAGUCAUUUUUUGAUAAAAAAAUUUCAUAAUGAUUAUACUUACUAUAUAUCAAUGUUUACAUAACAACAAUUAAUAUUUUCGAAAUUUGUUGAUUCUAAAUAUCAUUUCUAUUAAUUAUGUUUAUCUAAUGGUAAUUGUUUAGGAAAAAUUGCAAAUUUUUCAAAAAUUUAGAUGAAUAUUAUUUUUUAUAGUAAAUAUUAAAAAUCCCAGAACAGGUCUGUUUAAAGUGGAUCCAAUAUUUGAUUCAACAUUCAUUAUAUUUAGAAUAAUUAUAUAUAGUCGAGUUCACAAGUUGAAAACAAUGAAAAAUCCUCAACAAACCAUUUUACAGUGCACAAAAAAUUGCAUUAUAUACGAAACAAACAAACUUUCACUCCAAGUGUGUGUUGGAAACUGAUGAGGGUUUCAUGUCUGUUUUUUUACCAUUUUUAACUUGUGAAUUAGAUUAUAACUUCUCUAUUGUUAUAUUACAAUCUUUAAAAUCAUUCGAUGUUGAUAAUAUUAACACAUUCCAAUUAUAAAAUGUUUAUUCAUUCUACAGUAAUGUAUCGUCCUGUAUUCCACAUAUCAGUAUUAUAUUCGUGUGUAACGGUCUUAUUUUCAAAUAAUUUACUAGAUCAACACCCAGGAUUUAAAAUUUCAAGUUUUUUCCAAUAUUAAUAGAAAGUUUGCACCCUGUGGUUCAUAUCUUGACCACCUUAAUAUUAUCUAGAGCCGAAAGAGCACUUUUAAUAAAUUAUUUUUUCAUAUUAAAUACUAGAUGGAAUCAAAACAUAUCCAUUUUUUAAAAUAUAAUAUUGUCUUGAUAUUUCCAUUGCUUUUUUGAUAAAUCCACUGAGCUUAUUUAAAAUUCCCCAUUUAAAAACAUAUUUUUAUCAAACACAUGUUUUGUCUGAAAGCCAUCUUAUCCUGUGGUGUAUGGCUGUUUGUUUUUGGGGUCAUGCAAUAAUAUACUUUUUUCUCCAUGCCUUUCUAUGUUUCUAUUUCUUCCAAUUUUAUUACCUUUAUCUCGGCAGAUUCUUUCACAAUUUCAAUCCAUGUUUUUCUUGGUAUUCAGAAAUUACAAUUUCUGGAAUCUUUGGUAAUAUUCAUACUGAAUACAUUAAGAUUUCAUCAACUCUCACAAUUACUGGUCCUUCGAGCCGGAUACCAAUUAGCAACCUUUGAAUAAAAUUGUGUAAUUCAACAAACUAAUUGUUCCUUAAUGCUAAAUAGAUAUUUUACUAUUUCCAAUUGGAAAUGGUGAAUAUACGUGGUAUUUUAGAAAAAAUUUAACGUUUUUUUGAUUCCAUUUUGAAGUAUUUAUGUGAAAGUAGUGAAUAUUAGGUUCUAGAACUAAAACAUAGAUGGCUUGUCUCCUUCCAAUAAUAAAAUCUUUCUAUUUCAUUUUGAAUUUUGAGAUAAUUUCUUCAGUUUCAUAAACCAAAAAUAAUAGAUUCCUUAAAAUUUCCAUUUUGAAAAGCAUUAGCAAUUUUCUUUGGAGUCUGAAUAUUUUUAAUUUGCUUUUUAGCUUCUCAUGCUUCCAACUAUUUACCAAAGUAUUUCAUAAAUAUGAACAUUUUCUAAUAAGAUCUGCAAUUAGUUUUUAUAUAAUUAUACACGUUGCAUUUAUAAAUUCUUUGUCUUUCAAUUGAAACCAAUAAAAAAUUAAAUCGGGUAUACACGUUACGAUAAACUGCAACGUUGUGAUUUUGAACGUUACAUUAAAUCGAGAGUGUGAAUUAUUUACAUACAACGAUUUCUUCUUCAAUUUUCGUUAUUAACUCAAUCAUAGAAAUAGUAUCUACUGCUGUGAUUUUUAUACAUAGUUUUUUUUGGCAAGAAUAUUGCAGAAAAAAAAAUAAAUCAGUAUUGAGCCCACAAAAAUAAAAAUAUAAUAAUCAGAUAAUUCAUUGAACUGAAAAGAUAAUUUGAAAAAACUGAUUCUUCUCCAAAUUGAUUUAUUUUAUUUCUUCAUUUCUUAAGCAUCUUUGGUAACCCAAAAGACAGAAAUAAUUUGGAGAUUUUGAUAUGAAUAAUUUGAUUACCAAAACAAUUAGACUGAGCAAUAAACUAUAGAUUCAUUUGUAAACAAUGUUCAUAAAAAAUUUUGUUAUUUUGAUUUGGAAUCAUGAUUUCACUAUUUAAUAUCGUAUUACAAAAAAGGUAUUGGAUUGUUUGUGCUUUAAAGCAACAGUAACUUAAUCAGGAAAGCAAAACGUGAGCUAAAGACAAAUCCUCAUUGGAAGUACAGUGGAAGAAGAAAACUCUAGUUGAACUCAUUUUGGUAUAUUAUAAUUCAAUUGUUUUAAAUUUAUAUUUCUAUAUUCUGUAAAAAUUUUCCAUCGUUGUACUGUCACUACUUUCGAAAAGAUCUGAUAUAUCAAAAAUGUCUCCAAUUGAAAGAUAAGAUUAAUAGAUUCACUGUGUAUAUACAAGUAUUUACAUGAAGUGUAUUCAUUAUAUUUUUUAUAUUUUAUGGUAUAGUAAACUUAUUUAUAUACCUAUAAUAUGGUAUCGUGUUGUAAUUAAUAAUACUGCCGUGUUAAUUCAAGUGGCAGUAACUGCUUCGAAAAAAUGGUUUUUUCCAGUUUUUUCUAUGCCAGCAAUUUAAGUCUAUAAAACAAGUUGAUUUUGUACAAAUCAAAAAACCUGGCAGAGUUACUAUCAUAGAUUCUUAUUUAGACCUGUGUAACAUGGAUAGUCACUUUGGUCAAGAAUGUAGCAAAACAUCUAAAAGGACUAACGUCAAAAGAAUCGAAAAUCGUUUUCGAAGGUUCCAAAAACAAUUUUAAUUGUCUUGGACUAAUCAGAUCUUAUAUUUUCAUCUUUGUGGGGAUUUAAGAAUGGGUGUAUAGCGUUCAUCGAUCCAUUAAGACGAGCUAUGAUUAGAAUUAUAGAAAAUUCACAAAUGACAAAAAUUCAACAUCAAUAACCAGUAUAUUUUUACUACUUCGGUAUUGGGUAAUGAUAUUUUAACUACAUUAAAAAAAGUCGACAAAAUCGUGAAAUUUUGCUUUCAAUUUUGAGUGAAAACUUUAUCCAGCAUUCUGUUCUAUUUCGAACUAUUGUUCUACUAGAUAAUCACAUCAUGUGCUUUAUGCUAUACCAGAGUCACCGGAGAGAUUUUUGAACUUCACAAAGCUCCAUUAAAUGACAAUAAAUCAGCAGUAUGGAUUCGUGAAUUGAUCUACUAUUACAUUUUUAACAAUAUAUCAAGAUUCAUUUGUAUGUUUUACAAAAUAUUCUUCAGGGGUCAUUCUUCAUGUCCAAAAGACUAGUCCUCACAAGUAAACAUUACAUAAAUAUCAAAUAACACAUGUAUUAUAUGCUUACAUCAUUUUUUUGACUAUAAUUAUAAUUUUUAUUCAUAUUUUUGAAUAAUUUUCAUUCAAACAAUACAUAAGAAUAAUCACCAGAAGUUUUAAGAACAAAAUAAUCAUUGAAGUUGAGAUCAGUGACAAAACUGACAAACACAGCAAUAACUGGAAAUAGAUCAAAAUUCCUACAGUUUACACAAAAAAAUACAGAAAAAAAAUCAACCAAAAUCUCAUUAUUGAUACAGUGUUGCAAUAGUAAAAGGUUGAUGUUGGGGAAGAUUGCAGAUACGUCAUUUUGUAUUUCCACGGCAGAAUAGUGGCCUAACACUAUUCCUAUUAUUAUUAUUUCUGAAAUAUAUAUAUAUAUAUAUAUAUAUAUAUAUAUAUAUAUAUAUAUAUAUAUAUAUACAUAUAUAUAUAUUUGUCUAUUUUUUCUCCACUGGUUAUAACGUAACUCAUUAUAUUUUGUAUGAAGUCAUUUAUUUUAAUUCAUACUUAUCUAGUAGCAAGUUUAAUUAUAUUCUUAUAAUCCGAUCAAAUUAGACCAAAAAUUAAGGGGGAGCUACAUAAAUUCCCAACAAGCUGAAAUUCAAUAAAAUUGUUUGAAAUAUAAUUAAAAAUGAAAUUUGAAAGUUUUUCAACGAUGGCUCGAAGGAAAAAAAGUAUUGAUACAUUUUUUUUUUGGAUAAUUUUAUUAUCUCUAUUUUUGUCUUAAGGUAUUUUUAUGAUAAAACUUACCGCUUUGCUGAAAAUCGAGAAUAACUCAUUUUUUUGACUUUUGAUCUUGAAUAAAAUUUUCUCUUUACACGGGGAUGAUGGGAAAUUUCAUUUUUAAUUAUAUUUCAAACAAUUUUAUUGAAUUUCAGCUUGUUGGGAAUUUAUACAGCUUCACUCUUAUCUUUUGGUAUAAUUUGACCGGACUAUUAUUUAUAAUUGUAUUUAGUAGAUCUAUCAACACACUCUCUGUAAAAAAGUUACAAGGGUAAAUUGUAAAUAUUUUUGUAUGGAAAGUUUUUUUUAUUUUAUUUUUAUACUUAACACAAGUUAUACUGCAUUUUGAACUAUUAUUAAUUUGUUACAUUUCUAAAUUUUACAAUUUAAAUUUGUAAUUUUGUUAAAUUUCAAAGUAUAGAAAUUAUAAGUAAAAUAUAUGUAACUGAUUUUAUAUCAGAUGUGCUGUAAUAUGUACCAAAGUAAUAAAAGGAUUUUAUCAACUUUUUGGAUCCAUCAGCAAUAUUUUUAUGUCUACUAUCACUAUACCAAUACUAAUAAUUACCCUAUCUAGUCCUUUGAGCCUUCAUAUCCGGCUCGAAGGACCAGAUAGUAUAAUUGUGAGAGUUGAUGUAGUAGAUGGAUAGAAAUUAAUGUGUAUCUAAUUAUUAUUUAUUACAAGAUAUUCUAUUAACUUGAAAAUACAUACAAGUUAAAGCCUUCUUUCAAUUUUAUAUGCGGUCUUUUUUAAUGGUAGUUUCAUAAAAUUUCAGUAACCUAACCAACAUUUGUAUUCACCUAGCAAAUCAAUUCCUUUAUAAAAUUUAAAUACAUCAACAAAUCAUUUAUGUUUAGAUGGUUCACGACAAUGUUAUUUAUAUUGACUGAAUUGGUGACAUCUAUAGUUGUAAAAUUUUACUACUAAUUCGAUUUCCGUCACAUAAUACCAAUGAAUUUAAAUUUUAUUCAUAGUGCAAAAUAUUUCAAGGUAAUUCCUACAAGUAACUGGAUACAUGUUCAAAUUCAUUAAAACUAAAUUAUUAAAAAAAUAAAUUUUUUUUGUAAUCUUCAAAAGUACCUACUUAUUUUCUUACUCAAGUGAAGUGAUAUGAUAAUUUUUUAAUUAACAAAAUUUUUUAUUGAUGAGAUUAAAACUUAACAUGUGAAAAAACUCGUGUCAUGUCUAGACAUUCUUCUUCCCCUUAUAAGUUGAUCUGCAUCUACAUGAUUACGAAGUUAUAGUUUUGGAGAGUCUCUAGUUUUCUAAUAUAUUCACAAAUUAUCAAUAAUAUUUUUUGCAGUCAAAACAUCAAUACUUCAUUUUUAGUUAAUAAUAUGAACAGGUACCCUUUUCUGAUAACCUUUGUGAUUACAGUCUGACAAAGACAAUUUUGUCAUUUAUUUUAUCUAAUUUGACAAAGAAUUUUCAAUUUUAAUAAGUUAACAAUAUGCUAUGGGAAUUGGUAACGUAAUAAAUUGUGGAAACCAAUAAAUAGCGUAACAAGAUAAAUAAGAAUGGUAUCAAUUAAAGUAAAUAUAAGGGCUCUUUACUUCCAUUAAAUUUUAUUGUCAUUCCACUUCCAAAUUGUAAAAGAAAAAAUUUGAAAAUAUGAAUAAAAUGCACCUGCCUGCUUGUAAAAUCACGUCCAGUAUUUUUUAAAUAUUAUGGGGGGACAAUCUAUAGGCCUAUUCUCAAUUUUUAUACUGUACUGAGCUUUGAAUAGAAAAUAAAAAAAAUAAUUAUA